CCUCAUCGUCCGACGAUGAUUAUAACAGCGGUGGGACCGGAACGACAACUGGCACCACCUCUGACGAAGACCAGUUCAUUUUUCACAAUCACGAACAGCAGCUGUAUGUAAACUUGGUGCAGAGAAACAAUAAUUCGACUCCAGGGCGAGCAGCUGUGCCACCAACUUUAUCACCAACAACGGUUGCCACACCUGGGGGAAGUACUGCUAGUAGUGCUAUUCCACGUGCUGCGUCAGUGCAGCUGGACUUGAAUGUCAAUAAUGUUGUCUUCCCACAGCAAGUAAUAAUCUCGCAACCCCAGAAUAACCGGUUCUCCCCACCGAACGCGAACCUGAGCCAGCCAACCCUGACGGCAUUGACGAGAACGGUGCCGGUGCCGUCGGUGCAUGGUCGCGACCAGCAAAUGCAAGUGGUCCCACCGCCACUGCACCAGUAUUUGGCACACCACGUAGUUGCGCACCAACAGAGCAGCAACCCGCAGCAUCAUCAUCUGCAGCAGCAGCCGCUGCUUCCCGUUCCCAGGGGAAAAGCCAUGCUGAAAGUCAACAUGAUGCGGCGAAUGCGGUCGACUUACGAGUUUAGGAAUGAAUUUCAAGAGGUUCUGGCGGAGCUGCUAGCGGGAAAUAACGCCGGGAAUCAAAAUCAUCACCAGUCUCCUGGAGCAGGAACCGGCGCAAAAAGUAGUUUCUUCCAUCCAAGUACUAGGUCUCUCGGAGCAGCAGGUACUCCUGGUGGCGGAGGCUCAUCUUCUUCUUAUCAAGCGAACCAUAAGCAAGUGUUUCGAAUGAAGAAGAAAAGCAUGAGCAAUCAUGACAUAACUGCUGACCACGGAGAUCGUGGAGGCCCGUUUAGAACCCUCAAUCUUGAGGACAAUGAUAGCGCAAGUGAACAAAGAACCUCGAUCCAGAGCUCCUUAACCGCGUUUUACCAUUCGCAAGGACCACCUGCGUUCGUUCUGAAUCCAUGGUCAGCCACUUCGAUGCUUCCGCCUUCUACCGCAAACGACUUCGGUGGAACGGGGACGGGAACGAGCACAGGGCUACUGUUAACGAUCUACCGCGACAACCUUUACGGCGCCUACGUCGUUUUCCUCGGGUUUUUCUGGGUAGUGGUGUUUCAAUUUCUGUUCGCGAUGUUUCUGUAUUUACGUAGGAGGAGUUGUAAAAGCAUCUGCAUCAGCACCAGCAGUUGUGGUGUGUCUCAUGGCCGUACAACUACACAAGCAGCCGCAAAAAGUGCAGGAGCUUUGGGGGAUAGACCACGAACGAGCGGCCCAGUUGUUGGGAAGAGCACACGGGGCUCGUUCAAAAGCAGUAGUACUAACAUCGUAUACGGUGCCGGCCAGAGCGGAGCUUCAUCACCAUCGUACCUGGAACAACAGUGGGCGCUGCUACGCCAGCUGCAAAUCUGCGUGAUGGAGGUUUUGUUUUGCAAUCACGACUACGGCACAUGGAUAAAGACGAAUCGAAAAGGAAAAGAACCAGGAACGAGAGCGCCAGCCCGUGAUGAUAUCGAAAGCAGAGUAGACGACGCCGAGUCAUGUGAUCCCGAGAUGUCGAGCGAGCACCAGGAUUAUACAAGCCGGGUCCGGCGUGGGCCACGAUGGCCGGGCAAUAUGGAGCAAGAAACUAUCUUUGAAGAUGAGGAAUUCUUUGACAAUGAACUAUCAGACACUCAGUCUCAUGACGAAGGUGACGACAUGUUUCUACAUAGCGGCUACAAUAGCAGUAGUUCGUGUCACCAUCCAAAUUCUCACUACGGCAAUCUUCUUCAUGACGAUUCAUCCGCUCACAACAGAAUGCGACGACGUCAAGGCAGCUACAACUACGCCCCUGCGGACCACAACUUCGCGCGUUCCUAUUCCUACUCUAGCUACGGACAGAAAAAGCCACAUUCGUUGUCCCGGCAAAGCACCAGCAGCAUCGUGAGCACGAAGGUCAAGUCUUGUUUUUUCGUAGACAAAGUCGAACGGCUCGUGCGGAAAUGUGGAAAACGGUUGCACUCCCUUGUACUAGAUUUCUUAGUUUCAUCCGGUGGAAAGAUGUCGACGAGCAGCUCUGCGUCUUCAUCUUCUCUAUCUUCCAGACGAAAGCUGCUCCGCAACACGACCAGUAUUCGCCAGCAACUGCAAAUUAGAUUCGAGGAGUUUGAGCUUUCUCUGCGGGUCCUGCAGACUAUCACUACGGGUUUAGUUGUUUUGCAGAUUUUUUUCGGCGCCUUCCAGCUAACUUGGGUCGCACUGAUUCACAUCACGUUGGAAUUGCUGUGGGUGUUUUGGGUAGCAGGCAAGUACGUCGAAAUAACGGAAGGAGGUACAGGGGAGGUGGAGGAAGAAAAUACAACCUCGAUUGGUACAAGAUAUUACGGAAAGCAAACGUAUCGAGGGCGCGCCUAUUCAGCUGCAUUGCCAAUCUUUGACACCCCUCGAAAAAAGGGCAGCCGGGUACUGCAACCUGAAAAGCAGAAUCAGAUGCCGCAGUCCUCUUCAUAUGCCAUUCAUGCAACAUCAGGAGCCCGGCCUUCGUUUGCACUGCGAAGAGCGCACACUACUCCAGCUGGCUCGGCGUCCGCUGCCUCAUCGCAUGCGGGUUCGAGCCCCGCCGAAUCUGACCCUAUCUCCAAUUCACAGCGCCAACACUUGGACAAUCUGAUCCAGCAUGACGAUGCGCGGCUUCUUUGUUCCAUUCCGGAAUAUACGGUGGGAGGCGGGCCGGGUUUUAUUUCUCCAGACAAGCAAGAGCAAGGCCAAGAGCUGCUUUCUUCUUCGGAAGACCAGGAUCCGGACCACGCAGGUCUCAGUUCGUGUGACGACGAGGAGCACCAGCAACAACGCUACCAGCGGCGAAACCCGAACCAAACCCGAAAUGGAAACAGCACGGCCCUCUCCAUGCAGCUACAUCACUUUGUUCCCAACCUCCACGGCGCACCACUUCAGCAUGGAGGGGCGUUUUUUCUGGCACCGCCACAUGACCAAAUGAACAGUCAUUUUCGUUUCGCGCAUGGACACGAUCCAGCACCCUCCUUGCGGCCCAGUGCCGCGUUCUAUCAACGCCAAGGCACGACCCCAUUACUAGAUCAGGAAGAAGUCGAUUACUAUCCCGCAGCCCUACCAAGCAGUGCCUAUGGCCGGUCGCCAGGAGGGGGAACGAGGAAAAUGAAAAGUUCACCACUAGAUCCACGGAGAGAUAAUUUUUCUGAUCAGGCACGGCAGCACCCGUCCAGCGUUUUCUUUUACCCGUCGAACAUUCACAACACUGACGGGAGAGGCCCCGGACAGCAGAAUCGUGAGACGGAAACAGCUCUCCUAGUGCGAGAAGCUGAGAAUCACAACGACAAUCUCAGGAGGAUGGCGAUGAAUACGACGGAUCUUAUCCUCGUCCAGAUGAAUCAACAUUGCUCGCCUUUUGUAGAAAAAUCCUCCGCUUCAAGGUUGGGAAGACAUCGACAAGGACCGGAGAACAAGACCACAACCGAAGAUCAUCACGGUAGAUGCGUAGUAGACCACAACAAUCCUUUUUCUGCACUGGAAAGCCGGGUUUUGCAGCACGCGCAGGAAUGGUCUUCCUCAUCCGCCGACGAUCUGACGAAUGAGUCGAGUUCCAAAGAAGAAUUCGGGUCCUUCGAGACACAAGGUGAUGAAAACGAGGAGUGUGAUGAUCAUCGCAAAAAUUAUGCGACUGCUGCUGGUCGGGGUCGGCCUGAUGGGGCCAGCACCACGUCUACUUCACAAAGAGAAGAAGAUCUUGACGUCGAGGGAGGUGGUGUGAAACAAAUCAUUUCGCUGACUUCAUCAAACGAAACGAUGUCGAGGCGGAGAGCAGCUUCCUUACGCCGACGAAGUUCUGGCGACGGAAAGGACGACGUUCCUUCUCUGAUCGAUCUUGUUUCCUCCGAAGAAUUUGUACACCGUGGGCUGCAAAAUUCUCGAAACUGCGAUCAUAUUUCCGUCUCGCCUGCGUCCGGUCCGUCGUCUCGGAGUGUUGUGUCGAUUUGUUCACUCGUUCAACGGCCCGACGAGCUGAGCACCGACAGGCGCGACCACCCAAAGAGCAGCAGCCAUAGAGUAGAUGAACGGCAAUUAUCGUCGGCGGCAACGAAGCGUCUGCUAGGUCAAAUGCAGCAGAGCACCGAUGACAAUAGGCAAGUAUACUCUAUUGCGCUUCACGACACAAGGAGCCAUAUACUGUCUUCACCGCCCACCGCAGUGCUUGCAGGUAGUGCAAGUGCGGACUUGGUCGCGAGUACCUCGCUAGAGACGCGAAAGGAAGACGGCGUUUCGGCUGCUUACACGAGGACCACGCAUGGCGGGCCGACAAGAACAUCACAGCGACUACCUAGUGGCAGUGCAGCAGCCCGAACGUGGCACCCGAUCCCGUUCGUGGCACCACCCGGAUCUGAAGAGGACAGCGCUUGUAGUGCAGACCAACUGGCUCUUCAGUUGUACCCUGCGGCACCUUCCGCCCGGCGAGGGACAAGUACGUGGAAAGCUACAGGAAGCUGCGAUGACAUCCAUGACCAUGCGGUGGUGGACGAGGGAGUGCCAGUCGCUUUCAGCGGUCGGAAGCAUCAUACUGCCCGAUAUAAUUACACUAGGGAAAGAAGCGCGAGUUUGCCCUCUCCAGAACUGCAGCAGCAAGAUGAGACAGGUGGUGAUUUCCUUACGAUCACGCACGGUGGCGCUUUGACAAGAAAAGUUGAAGACGACCGCAUUGACGAUACUAUUAAGAACAAAGUCAAAGUAGAAGAUCAGUCCUUAAUUUCGAUUCGCCCAGACACACAGGAUCCUCGUCCGAAGACUGAAACUGGAGCUAGUAUGAGAAAUUGCGCGAGAACUUCUUCCGGUAGGAAGUCAGAACUCGGGGGUUCAAAUCGAACCACAGGAGUGACAACUCGUUUCAGUAAAAAUGAACUCCGAAAACUUGAGUGCUUUGUGUGUCGACUGUGGAUAUUUACCUGCAUAGGCGUGUUUGCACUCCUGUGGUUGUUUUUCAAGUGUUGCUAAAUGAAUAUUG